GGUGGUCACUCCAAAUAUAUUGCAUUUAUUUCAUAAGUUGAUCCGUAUGUGCAUCCAUAUUUACGUACAUACACGAUUCCUCUAUGAAUUUUAUUUCAGUGUUUUUUUCACAGCUGUCAUCGCAAAAGCGCUCACUGCUGAUUGUUUACAAAACAAAACAAAUCUCUUGGUUCUUGCUAUUCUCCGGCCAAAUUUUUUGGGUCGCAAGGCUGGGUUGAAUUCCGGGGAGUAAUCGGGACGGAGUUGAAGCUACGUUAGUUCCCGUGCAACUGAGAUUCCGUUGCAUUUCCCGGCCGGGAGAUUCGCUGGCGCUCUAUUAUCAUCCGGCAAUUUCUAGGGUCAGCAGCUUCGUCGUAGUGAAUCCGGAUUUUCCAUUGUUUUGUGCUGAGUGUUUCGGACUCAGUAAGGCUAGCCAGCAAGCGAGAUGGUAACCCUGGAGGACAAGUCGAUCGAGCUGCUGGAUUUGGACCCGCUGGAGAUGGAGGAAGACGGGGCGGCGGUGAUGGUGCUGGACUCCCAGCGGAAGGGCAAGCGCGCUGUCAUUAAGACUUCGACGCGGCAGACGUACUUUUUGCCCGUGAUUGGCCUGAUUGAUCCGGAGAAGCUUAAAACGGGCGAUUUGGUGGGCGGCGUGAACAAGGAUUCGUAUCUAAUCCUGGAGACACUUCCGGCUGAGAAUAACGCGCGCGUCAAGGUGUUGGAGGUGGACGAACGGACUUCCGAGCAGUACAAGGACAUUGGCUGGUUGGACAAGCAUAUCCAGGAACUUAUUGAGGCCGUCGUGCUGUUGAUGACGCAAAGGACAAGUUCAAGAACCUGGAAAUUCAUCCGCUGAAGGGAGUACGCAAACUUAAUCGACCUUCCUGAAGUUGGCCGGCCCACAGCUGGUGCAAAUGUUCAUCGGAGACGGUGCCAAGUUCGUCCGGGACGCGUUAGCUGUUGCAAAUGCAUGUUAGAACUUAUUUGACCUAAUUUGGUAACCUCACCUCUAGCCUCACCACUUAUCUUAGAGUUCGACGAGAGACGAACUUCGAAGUCGCCUUGGAUUUUCUUUUUUAUUUAAUUUUGUGGUUUCAGCCAUAAUUUUAUUUUUGUAUUGUUAAAUAUGAUGAAAAAAAUAAACAAUAUUGA